AUGGCGGCGACGGAGCGGGGCGGCGGUCCCGGUUCUUCUGCCGGUUCUUCCCGGCCUGCGGCGGAUUACUCGGUGCUGGUGGUGGUGGGAGCGCUGCGGCCCGCCGGCCUGCUGGAGCGGCUGCUGCGACAGAUAGAAUCAGGUGUGCGGUGUUGGCCUGUAGAUCUGGAUGUUUCUGUUCUGGAUCAGCAGCUGAAACUCUUUGUGUCGAGACACUCUGCCUUCCUGUCAGAAGACGUCCGAGGUCAGCGUACUCUGCAGCACAGUGGAGAUGUCCUGGACACUCAGGUUGUGGUGAAUCCAGCUCACGACUUUGUCUGCUCAGAGGUCCGGCGGCUGGUCUCUGAUUCAUCUCGACACAAACUGUUGGUUCUGGCCGGUCAGUGUGUCGAAGAGACCGGAGACAUUGUGUUACAGAAAGGCUGUUUCUCUCUAAAUGACUUCAUCCACAUAUUUGCUGAUGAGGAGGUUGGAGAGUUGUUGAGCUCAGCAGACCUGAUGGUCAAGGCCAGCCUCACGCUCAGCUGUCCAAACUACGGUCUUUGGAAGGAAUCCGUGUUGGAGAAACACAACCUUCAAGACUUCAUAAACAUCCAGAUCAACCCUCCCACCAUCCUCCCAGAAAUGGAGGGUCUGCAGGAGUUCACUGAGUACCUCUCCGAGGCGCUUGAGCCUGAGUCGCCCUUCGACCUCCUGGAACCGCCAAGCACUGUGGGGUUCCUGAAACUCUCUCGGCCCUGCUGCUACAUCUUCCCCGGUGGGAGGGGAGACUCUGCUUUCUUUGCUGUUAACGGUUUUAACGUCCUGGUGAACGGCGGCUCUGACUUCCGCUCGUGCUUCUGGAAACUGGUUCGACACCUUGACAGAAUUGAUUCGGUACUCCUGACCCAUAUCGGUGUCGACAAUCUCCCCGGGCUGAACAGUCUGCUGCUGAGGAAAGUAGCUGAGCAGGAAGAAGAGUCUGCUGGAUCUCAGACUGACGAGGACUGGAUGAAAAACCUCAUCUCUCCAGAGAUCGGGGUGGUUUUCCUCAAUGUUCCUGACAGAUUAAAGUCCAAUCAGGGAGAUCCUAGUGAGUUGCGGAGCUGUGACCAGGUGGCGCUCACUCUGCAGCACUUAGAAAGACUGGCAAUCAAACCUGAACCUCUUAGCCGGUUUAACGGACCCAUUAUAGAACCAGUUAUCUUGUUUCAAAAGAUGGGAGUCGGCCGUCUGGAGCUGUACACACUGAAUCCAGUCAGUGGAAGUAAAGAACUUGAAGCUUUAAUGCAGAUUUGGCCAAACAACGGAUCAAAUUUAAAGGGCUCAAAUCUUCCACUACCAUGCCUUGUUUCCAUUUGUGCUUUGCUGGUCUGGCAUCCAUCCAGCCCUCAGGAGAAGAUCAUUCGUGUCCUUUUCCCAGGGUGCACGCCACAGACCAAAAUUCUUGAUGGACUUGAGAAACUUAAACAUUUAGAUUUCCUCAAACAUCCAUCAGUGUGUUUGAAGGACCUAGAAACGUCCAAAGCUGAGAAACAACCAAAACGAGCAGAGAGUCGGGAAAGCCUUAAGUCCCAUUCUAAGGACUUCAGACCCAGCAGUGCCUUACAGAAAGACAAGCUUGGACGAGUAGAUGUCAAAAAACAUGAGGUGAAAACCAAGCCAAAGGCAGCAAGUGAUACUGCACCAAAAGACAAGAGGGAUGGGGAAGAAAAGCACAAAUUAAAGGAUGGAGAUGUUAAAUCAAAGCCACCGAAACCUGCUGAAAAACUUGUCCCGAAGAAAGACAUGUCUAAAGAAGAGAAAAAGGAAGUGAAAAAGAAGGACGAGAAGGCUCCUGCUGCUGUUGUAAAGAAUGAAGAGAGUGCAGAGAAAAAGAAAGAAACUGUAAAGAAGGAAACUCUAAGUACAAAACCAAAGAAAGACAUUAAACCUGAACCAAAAAAAGACAGCAAGAGGGAUGUAAAGACAGAGGAGAAGAAAACAACAAAACUGGUCGUUAAAGAAGUGAAGAAAACAACAAGUGCUGCUUCAUCAGCAACAAGCACAGAACUAAAAAAAGCUUUGGGCAAGAGUGGGACUCUAAAGAAAGAUGGGACUCUUCAAAAGAGAGACACUCUGAACAAAGGCACCAAAGGUAAGCCGGGUUCAAAGGAGCAGGAAAACCAGAAAGAAGCUGAUCGCUCCAAGGUGUCAACACCUGAAGACAUGUCAGCUGAAUUUGAAAGACUUCGAUUGGAAGAUGACAGUGGCAACAGCUUACAAAAGGCCAUGGCAGUCAUGAAUUCUGAUGGGGCAGAGGCCAAUGGGAACCAUACAUUGACAGUAGAGAGUCCUGAAAUGUUCCGCUGUAUGGAGGUGAACCAGGAAAUGGCCGCCACCUCUUCGCCUCUCGCCAAAACACCAAAAAGUGAUCUCAGUGUUAACUUUGAUCUUACUCCAACUGCGUACCAGCCAGUCAUAGGAUCCCUGAAAAAUGGACCAGAUGGGCUCUGUGCAAGCUCAGAGGAGAAAACUCUGGAGCUGGUCUCUCCUGCAGAUUCAGCCCCUAACAGUGCAGGACAUACCCCUUUCCAUCAGUCCCCUGAAGAGGACAUUCAGUGUUUGGGUGAGGACAGCAGCCUUGGGGCGAGAGGGUCCAGUCUAGGCUUUGAGGAUUACAACCAGGGAGGUUCUUGUAGGACCUCAGAUCUGAGCUCCAUGAGGGAGGGGCUGGAAAAUUCCACAUCCUCUCAGGAUAAACAGUCCAGCCUUCUGACUCUCAGUCCUUUCAAGGACAUGUUGCCAGACUCCUCUCCCACCAUGACAUCCAUGCCUGCCGAGGUUGGUUCGCCUCAUUCUACAGAGGUUGAUGAAUCCCUGUCAGUUUCAUUAGAGCAAGUGGUGCCACCUACUGCAAUGUCACCCAAAGGUCCCAUAGCAGAUAGAGUGUACUCCAAUGGACAUUUUAGUGACUGUGACUCCAACACAGGGAUGGUCCUACCUCUGAAUUCAUCCCAUAAUGGGCGUUGUAGAAAUGGAUCAGAAGAGCACAUCCAUGGGAUGUCAGAGCUGACCUCAGAUGUUCCACAUGAUGUUGAUCUGUGUCUGGUUUCACCUUGUGAGUUCCAGCACCCCAAGACCCCAGAGAACCAUCAGCAGCAUGUCAGCCCCGGUCCUGCCACUGAUAUCUCACCAGACAUCUCUAACAACAACCACUCCCAGGAUAAGAGCAGCAGCGAAUGCCCUUCAGCCUAUAGCCAGGAAACUCCACCCACAUCAGUUAGCGACUCUUGCCCUACGGCCACAGACUCUGAUGUCCCCCCUGGUACAGAGGACUGUCCUUCCAUCACUGCAGACAUUGAAUCUGAUGAUGAUUCCAGUAGUAUCUUUCCACCCACUCAUCCACAAGAUCAUACUACUCUGCAGUACACCCACAGGGCAGGGCAGCUUUCCUCUCACGACCCACCACCAGCCCCAGUUAAGGAUCUGCCCCCAUUACCACCCCAGCCUGGAGCCUGUAUGGCUGACGCAGAUGCUGAUGGAUCAAGCAAGAGUAUGAAAAGUUCAGCUGCCAAAGCCAAGAAACCAUCAGGUCUGAUGCAGAAAGUAACCUCUGGAAGUACCACAGCCCAGAACGCAAAGUCCAAGGCUGGCAGUUCUACAGGGUCACUAAAGAUGACCUCCAGCCUCGACACAAAGCCAUCAUCACGAAAUUCACUUGGUGGAUCCAGAAUUGGAACAACAAAACUACCAUUCUCAGCUUCCAAAGUCGCAGGUUCUGCAGGUUCUGAGGGUUCUGCGGUUUAUGUGGACCUGGCCUACCUGCCGUCCAGCAGUGCCUCCUCAACUGUGGACCUGGAGUUCUUCAGACGCCUUCGCUCCUCGUAUUACAUCGUCAGCGGAGACGAUCCUGUGAAGGAGGUUUCAAUGAGGAGGAUCCUGGACUCUCUGCUGGAAGGGAAGAGCAGCUGGCCGGAUGUCCAGGUGACUCUGAUUCCAACAUUUGACUCACUGGCGAUGCACGAGUGGUACCAGGAGACCCAUGACAGACAGAGGGAGCUGUUGAUCACCGUGCUGGGGAGCAACAGCACCGUGGCCAUGCAGGAGGAGACCUUUCCCGCCUGCAAGGUCGAGUUCUGAGCCAAGACCACCUCACCCCUGAACAGGUGGAGAAGGAGUAGACUUUUAAUGUUGCCGUGGUUACGACCAGACCAGACCAGACCAAUGAAAGAACACUUUUUCUCAAAAAUCUGUCAGCCGCUCUCACUGUUAGUCUGACGGUUGAUGAGAGGGAAAGUCCAUUUAACGGUUAAAGUGACAGUAUCUGAAUGAGAUUUCUUGUCACUUACGUAAGAAACGAUUUCCUUUAAAUUUUCUUCACCUCUGUGACAUUAUCGUAAGGUUCUCACCUGUCACUACCUGUCUCCUCCUCUCUGCUGGAUCAGGAUCCUCAGCUCGCCUGCUGACGACCAUCACCAUUAGCAGGAGGUAAUAGUUUUAUAUUAACAUUAGUGUCCAAGUUUGAUUCAGUUUCAAUUCAAAAGUCCCGAUUUGAUGUGAUUAUUCAAUAUUUAGUUACAUUAGUUAAAUACCAGUAUUUAAUAAAAAUAAAAGUGCUUCUUAGAAUUUAUCCUUGGAACUUGGACCACCGGAGCAACACUGGACCAAAAUAAGCAACCAAAAAGGAAAAUUAUACAUUUAUUAAAAGCACUGAACAAUUAACACAAAUAUUCACGGAGAAAAAGCACAAAGAUAAUCUUUUUAAGAAUCGAUUUUUUUAAUCAUUCAACUGAAGAUUAUUCAUUAUUUUUUACCCAGCCAUAAUUGGCAGUCUUCAAUGGGAAAGCUUUUAGUUUGUAUCGUUACAAUUUUUGACUGUCUGAAGCAUUUUACCAGUGGCCAGUCCUCUGUCAAGUUUAAUUUCUGUAGCCUUUACAGUUUUUGAGAUAUUAGUGAUUUUAUGCACUGCUCAUUAAAAAAAUUAAUAACUCUAACUGUAAAGAGAUAUCAACAAGCAAUUUACAAGCUAAUUUGGCCUCGUUAUGUUUGACAUUUUAAAAGUGGAACCAUGUUUCUAGCCAUCACUAUAUGGGAGUAGUAGCGAUUUGUAAUAAGCAAUUUUAGUUUUUUGUUUUUUGUUGUUUUUUUUUUACUAUAGUGCCCUUUAGUGGCAAAAAUGCAUGAAACUCAUGAAACGCAGUCUCAUUCGUGGUCUCAGUCUGUACACUUGAGCCAAAUUUGGCUGCAGUUGGAUGAAGCGUUCAGGACCUAUAGCAGGUUGAAUUGAUGUGACCAGACCCACAAACGUUUGUUAUCCAGUCAUGUAAAAACGACACCUUGAUAUCUCAGAUCAAACGUGGGGGCAGCAUUCGGUUCGAACAGACAUGGUAUGUUCCAAGUUUGGUGAAGGUUGGAUGAAGGAUGUAGUACAGGGAGUCAAAGGUAUGUCUAGCAAAAAAUUCAAAAUGGCGGAAAAAUGUUUGACACAAAUGGGCGUGGCCUAAAUCAGUCUCUUCAGCAGCAUCCACUGAUUUUUCUUCUAUGCCCAAAACAUUUUGCAUUAUUUUUUUUAGCGAAUUUCUCUCCACAUGGUGGCGCUAUUGCCACCAUAUUUGAGAAUGUGAAGCCAAGAAGCAUGGGGAAGCUGCUCACCAUGUUUCAGGUUUGUAGCCAUUAUAUUUUUUGGGAUAUCCAUCAUGUUACAUCAUGUUUUUGCUCAUUUCCCAUAGCAAACCGUUCAAAACAAAAUCCAUGUAAAAUCAUCCUUUACAGAAAUCUGCACCAAAGAUAAUAGCACAUAUCCCCUAAACAUGAUUAACAUUCAGCUUUGGUACCAUGUUUCUAGCUGCAAGCGUGCAGGUGUAGUAGCAAGACAAAAAACAGACGGAAAAAACGCAGUCUUUAUCGCGUAAUUUAUCUCGUAAUUACAAGAUCUUCAUCUUAUAGUUACACCAUAUCUCACAAUUACAAUAUUUUUAUCUUGUACUCAUGCAAGGUUUAUCCCAUGAUUACACAAUCUUUAUCCUAAAUUUAUGCUAUCUUUAUCUCGUAUGUACGCAAACUCUAUCUCACAAUUACAAGAUUUGUACCUUGUGAUUACGUGAUUUUUUUUUUUUGUUUUCUUCUUAUUGUUACAAGAUCUUUUAAUUGACUGAUCUGCUGCUGGGGAGCAUGCAGUCGUCAUCUUGUAUUUACAUGACUUUCCUUGUAAUUAAGGGAUAUUUAUCUGGUGAUUAUGCUAUCUUCACCUUGCUCGUACUCUGUACUCGUACUUUGUCUCAUAAUUCUGAGAUCUUUGUCUCAUUGUCACAGGAUAUUUAUCGUAAAAUUACAAGAUUCUCCUCUUCAAGAACAUCUUUUUUCUCGUAUUGUGAGAUGUACAAUUCACAAUUGAAAGAAAAGGUCUUGUUGUCAAAAUGCUGUUCUUCAGUACGGUUCAGUUGAGUGAAUGUGUUUUCCAGUGUUGAAGGAUCCGAUCCAGCAGACAGAAACUCAAAAUCUGUUGAAGACGUGUUUGGGACCACAUGCUGCCUCCUCCUAUAAUCAGCUUAUUGACCAGUUUUAUUGAGUGAAGGUUUAAACACGACUGCAUGCUGCACAGAUCUGAGAUCUGAUCUAAACUAUCACCUGUUUGUAGUGAAGGAGAAUCACCGUUAGAUAAAAUGUUCCACUCUGACGUGUUCUUUGUGGGAAAACGUAGUUUUUAUUUUUACUGUGUGAAUUGUUGAUGAUUAUUCUGGUCUCUCUGAGUGUUAUCAGAGACACAGCAUCAGACUUUAAUGUUUUACCCCUCAAUUUGGUCUGUGUACUACAUUAUCCACGAGCCUCAGCUGUUGUAUCGUAUUCGGAACUAAACUCGUCCCUUUGCUGCAGUUACCUGCCCGGCAACAGAGGCUGGAGCUAUCUGAUUGGAUGGUCCUUACAGCUGCGCUUUCUUGGACUCGUAGAGCUUAAAAUGUAGAAACAACUGAAACCGUGAAGAUAGAAUGUGACCAUGCUUUUAUUUUUUAUUUCUGCCAGUUGGCUCUCAGAAAAAAUCCAAACACACAUUUCAAUUUUUAACUUAUUUAUUUAUUUUGAAUUUUCUUUUUUUUUCGAUUCGUCCUUUUUAAAAUCAUGUGUGCAGUUUAACGACAUCCUGAAUCUGAACUUUGGUACGAGUUCCUCAUCGUCUUAUCAGCAAAAUUCCACCUUUGGAACAAUAUUCUUUCAUGUUGUUUCACUCCUUCACUUCAUGUCCAGUUUUAUAAAAACAAAAUAAGACAGAAACAACCUGAUUGUUAUCAAACCAUCAGAGUUCAGAGAGUUUAGUUCAAUUAUUUCUCUUUAUAAAUGCAUGUUUCCAUGUUCGAAACAGACGUUUUUAUUUCAACUUUAUUGGACGAUAAAAUGCUGUGAGUGACUGUUAAAGGACCAGACCGCUGUUUUUUAUUAACAAUCAGUCCGGUUUAGUUUGUUUUCUGUGUUUUUCUGAGUGUUGAAGCCACAAAAUUAAAUGAGAUUUCAACAAUAAAGUUGA